UGACACCAGACUCACAGCCUCUCCAUAUCCUCAUACCAAGAAUUUGCACAUAUGUGAUUCCCUAAGAAAAAAGGGCGAUGACUGAUUUUAGGAGCUUGGAAAGCAUGGAGGGUGAAGGGUCACUCUAUAAGGACAUAGAAGACCCAGAGCUACCUAUUGAUCUACACACGGCAGACCUUUAUACAAGUUGUACACACCAGUUGGAGUGUGACAUUUCCCUUGGGAAUAUCCAAAAUGCUGCAAAACAAGACCAUGUUGACCUUCCUGAGCUGAGAGUGAUGUUGUUGGGGAAGACUGGAGCAGGAAAGAGUGCAUCAGGAAACACCAUCCUGGGCAGAGAGGCAUUUAACUCUGAGGCAUCUGCUUUACAAGUGACCAAUAACUGUGAGCGUCAACGUGGAGUUGUAGAGGGAAGAAGCAUCACUGUCAUUGAUACACCAGGCAUCACAUUAAGGAACGGUUCAUGGCUGUCAGAAAAGGAAAAGGUACAACCAGGACCUCACAUGUUCUUACUGGUGAUUCACCUGGGUCAGUUCAAAGAGGAGGACAGCAGUGAGGUGGAGUGGAUUACAACAAUCUUUGGUGCGGCUGCUCUGAGGUUCACCAUCGUUCUGUUCACUGGACUAGACCAGCUGCAAGGAAAAUCAGUCGAGGAGUUUCUGCAGGAGAGUUUCACACUCCAAACUAUUCUUGCUAGUGUGGACGGAAGAUAUCAUGUCUUCCAUUACAACUUGCCAACAGACAAUGACCAGGUGAAGGGACUCUUUAAGAAGAUUGAUAAUGCACUGUUGAAGAACUUGGGUUAUGCGCACAUCUAUGAAGAGCAUGAGAAAGUGAAGUCAGCUGUAAAACAAGAAGAGGAGAGGAAAAGAGAGAAGGAAAGAGAGGAGAUGAAGAAAGAGGUGAAGUCAGCUGUAAAACAAGAAGAGGAGAGGAAGAGAGAGAGAGAUCAAAUGGAUGGGAAGAAGAGACAAAAUACUGCAUAUAUUUCAGUAAAUGCAGUUAUUUCAUGGAUGGUGCCGAUUAUUUUGAGCAUCCUGAGCAUGUCACUAAUAACCAUCAGAUUCCACUACUACUCCCAUGGUGAAGGUCAUCUUGACCUUCCUGAACUGAGAGUGAUGUUGUUGGGGAAGACUGGAUCAGGAAAGAGUGCAUCAGGAAACACCAUCCUGGGCAGAGAGGCAUUUAAGUCUGAAACAUCUGCUUUACCAGUGAUCACAUACUGUGAGAGACAAAGUGGAGUUGUAGAGGGAAGAAAUAUCACUGUCAUUGACACACCAGGCAUCACAUCAAGGAAUGGUUCAUGGCUGUCAGAAAAGGCACAGUUAGGUCUCGGACCCCAUGUUUUCUUACUGGUGGUUCCCCUGAGUAGAUUCACAGAGGAAGACAAGAAUGAAGUAAAGUGGAUCCAGAACAGUUUUAGCGAAGAGGCCCUGAAAUUCACAAUCAUUUUGUUUACUGAAGGAGACCAGAUGAAAGGAAAAUUAGUUGAGGAGUUCUUGCAGGAGAGUUCUGGACUGCAGACUGUUGUGAAUAGAGCUGGUGGAGGAUAUCACGUCUUUAAUAACAUAAAUCCAAAAGGGCAUCGACAGGUAAAGGAGCUGCUGGAGAAGAUGGAGGUGUUACUGAGGAAGAACAUGGGCUACUCCUAUUCACAUGGCCUGCAUGAACAGAUGAAAAGAACUAUGAGGGAGGAGGUAGAGAAGAGACUGAAACUGGAGGACACCUUACAACAGACUGAAAAUGAAAAUAAAGAGAAGCUGAAUACUAAAGAACAUAAGACCCACAAUUCAGAACUACAGGACAUGAGGAGGAUUAAAGGUCAUGCAGUGGAUGUGACUCUGGAUCCUGACACAGCACAUGCCUAUCUCACCCUGUCUGCUGAUGGGAAACAAGUGAGACAUGGUGACACAUGGCAGAAUGUCCCUGACAGUCCCAAGAGGUUCAGUUCUGUUAUAAGUGUCUUGGGAAAACAGGGGUUUUCCUCUGGCAAAUUCUACUAUGAGGUUCAGGUCAAGGGGAAGACUGCGUGGAGCUUAGGCGUGGCCAGAGAGUCCAUUACCAGGAAGGGGACGAUAACGCUGAGACCUGAGAAUGGAUACUGGACAAUACGGCUGCGUGAUGGGAAUGAGUAUGCAGCACUAGCAGGUCCCCCUGUCCUCCUCUCCCUGAAAGUGCAGCCCCAGAGGGUGGGGGUGUUUGUGGAUUAUGAGGCAGGUCUGGUCUCCUUUUAUGGUGCAGACUGUUGGUAUCAUCUCUACUCGUAUACUAAUGUUAAGUUCACUGAGACACUUUACCCAUAUUUUUCUCCUCGUACUAAUAAGGGAGGUGAGAACUCCUCUCCUCUUAUCAUCUCCACCGUUUCUAUCUGCCCUGUUAAAUAAUCCAUAUUGAUGGCUGGAUGUUUCAUUAAAGUUGAACUCGACUCAAGCAGUUUUUUAUGUCCCUAAAAGUCUUCUAUGCUCCUCAAAAGCAUACAAUUAGACGUAUGUUUACAUGAAUAAAUAAUCUCCUCGGUGGACUUAACUUAGUUCAUAUACUGUACUGUAUGUUGCAUGUUGUAUGAGGCUGUGAUUGGUCGACCGUAAAUCCAAAGCAGAAAUCCUUAGCUGUGAUAUUCACUGCUUACUUUGUAUGUUUUGCUAUGUAAAACAAAGCGGACAUCAUAGACAUGUUAAAGAGAAACUAUGCAGGAUUGGCUAUUUCAUCUUAAGUUUCGGUUUCGUUUUUCAU